GCAGCACGUGGGCAGCGCGGAACAAUGCCGACAGUCUUAGUGAAAGGAUAAAAAGUUGUUGAGGCUUUCGGAGGAGAAGUCUCCCAUUGGCCGGUUUUCUGUAGCAUGCAAAUGAGGCAGCUACGUCAGAUCCUGAACUUGAGCGCCAUUUUUCCUCAAUAGGGGGAAGAAAGGGACAAAAGCUGGACCAAAAAUAACUUAUCUCCGGAGUGGGUUUGCAAACACCGCCUCUCAUAAUUAACUGCGGCGUUCGUCCAGCGGCCGGUGAGGACGCGGGAUGCGGCUCUGGUGAGUGUCUGUGCGCGGCGCUGGUAGCACACGCACAGCGACACACCGACACGCAGAGCGGGGCCGGUGGUGGAAGUGGGGGACGCUAGCUCUGCCUCGGAGGUGGCACAGCGACGACUAACGUUAAUCUGCGCUGGAAAAAAAAAAUUGGACGAGGCUCGUGAGGAAACAUGUAUCAGCUUCCAGUUGGGAACAUUGAGAAGAUCCGAAAGGGACGCAAGGCAGUGAAGAGCAUCUUGGUUCAGAUUGGACUGGAGGACUGUCAAAAUCUGCUGAAGGAUCUCGAAGAAGAACCUGAGAAAAAUACCGAAGUAGAUGACGCCUUUGAGGAAACGGACUGGCUUGAUGUCACAGAUGGAUAUAAUGGCAGACUGCAGAAGAAGUGGCCUUAUCGGUCCCGAUCUCUUUGCUGUACCCUGUGCAAGUACUCGUCACAAAACAUCUACAACUUCAGGAGCCACGUCUCCCGCUGCCAUGGAUAUGUACAGUCGUUCUGUGCCCUGGCAUCCUGCUCCCAGUGCCUCUUCAUCGGGCACCCCAAGGUUGUCAAGAAGCACAUGCUGUUCUUCCACACCAAGUCCAACUCCCAUGCACAACUGCCGAGGGAAUCGUCGUUACCCACCCACCGCGGAAAUGAGCGGUAUCAGUGUCGACGGUGUGGAUUCCCGGCUUCUUCUAUCUUUGCGAUGAAGAAGCACAUCAUCCUCAAGCACCUGGAGAGUUUGGCAGAGCAGUACAUUGGUUACAGAUUAAAUGCGCAAGGGGGAACAACUAUAAAGGUCUAUUGCUGCAAAGUAUGUAAAGUGAACACUGGAAGCUUGGACCAGAUGUUGCAUCACAUGCUCGUCGAGCCGUCCCACUAUUCAGUCGGCACGCAAGUGCAGGGUUUGAUUUACGAGAACAAGAACUAUGUUAUUAAAACGACUCCUAAUGGAAAUGGUGUUUAUGUGACAUUCCCAAGUAUUGCCCCGAAGCAACCUACCAUGUUUAACAGUAAGUCGUUGGUCUUACCGAGUAACGGUCAACCUACUGGGACUGUGGUGGCUUUACAGCAACUACAAGGAACUGCAAACAGCACGACUCUGAUCUGUGCUCCUGGAAGUAACCAAGCUUUGCUGCCCCCUCAAGCCUCAGCGCUAGUGCAGCUGGCUAGCGCUGAGGCUAAAGGUUUGCUCCAGCCUGGUGCUACGAUAGCCCUCCGAAGUGCUUUGCCCCACGGGCCAUCUAUGGUCCAACUUCCCACAUUAUCUAACGUGUCUCUAAAACCCACACCAGUGACUUUGGCUCCUGCUCAAUCGCAACAGACCCUGCAAGCGCAGCAGAUCCUAGUUCCACCAGCACCACAGGUCACUGUUACAGCUGGAACUGGGACCAUACCUGCACCCGCUUUGGCUGCACAGAAUCUGUCAACAAACCAAACUGCCCUACAAGGCACCAUGCUGACCUCACAGUCUCUGCUGAGUCACCUGAUCCCGACCGGCAACAAGGUGAACGGCAUGCCCACGUACACUUUCGCUCCGCUGCAGGUAGCAAUGCCCGUCUCUCAGAGCACAAGUACUCCUCUAAAGACUGUUGAUCAAACAAGCAACUCCUUACCACAAACUAAGAAAUGGAUUACCUGUCCACUCUGCAACGAACUCUUCCCUUCCAACGUCUUUGACAUUCACACGGAGGUCGCCCACCAGACAAAAUCCAGUACAUUAAAGUCAGAAAGUGUGGCUGCACGGGCUCCAUUCCUGAAGAAAAUGCCUGACAAAACUGUCAAAUGCCUAACAUGCAAAAUUCUGCUGUCAGAAAAGAGCGUCUUCCAGCAUCUGCUCCACGGCCUGAAUUGUUUACACUGCACGGGCUUAUUUUUUUCAAUCAAGCAGCUUGCUGAGCACGUGAAGCAACACAACCCCUCAAGCAAGGCGUACUGUGAUUUGCUGAGACAGAAGUACAGGGUCUACACUAAAGGUAACGGCUCGAUCCUGUUCCCUUACUUCGACGUCCAGACCACUGCACCAAAAGAGGUCCUGGGAGACAUGGAGGUCAAUCUCGCCCUGGUCACAAAUUCACUGGACCUGAUCUUCUUUAAGCUGCAGCCCAGCAGCCAGUCGGAGAUCUGCCAGGUACCUGUGAAAAUCAACAGUGCCUACUGCCCUUUCUGCGACGAGAAGUUUCCGCUUGAAUCCAAACACCUCCAGCACCUGAAGCAGAAGCACUUUGUGGCGCCCACGAUUCACGCCAUCCUCAAAACGGAGGCCUUCAAGUGCAUAUACUGCAACGGCGUGUACACGGGGAAGGUCACGCAGCAGGCCGUGAUGCUCCACAUUCAGCGAUGCCGGUGUUCCCCGAAACCGCCGCAGCCGCCUCCGCCGCCGCCUCCAGCGCCCAAACCCGCAGCGGCCCCACCACAGCCGCCAAAAACGGUGCAGCAGCUCAGCCCGGCGCACGGCCUCUAUUUCCUCCAAAUGCCACAAGGGCUGACCGUGAAACAGACAUUAACUCCGGCUCGCGUUAUCGCCGCUCCCCCCAUAGCUCCGAGACAGACGGAGCCUCCAGAAACGGAGGCGGAGAUGCAGUCGAAGAAGAGGCUGGAGGCGGCGUGGAGGCAGGUGAUGGAGGCCAACAAACGAGAGCGAGAAAAAAAGGCGGCCAUGCGCAGGAAGCGCGAGAAGGAAAAGUCGGUGCCCACUCCGGAGCCUCCGGAGGUCCACGUCAGCCCCACGGUCAAGCUGGUGUUGGAGCCCACGGCGAACGAGUGCCGCAGCAGCGAGGAGCGCAGAGACUUCGUAUCCAAAUACUUCAACGUGAACCCCUACGCGACCAAAGGCGAGACCGACGAGCUGUGCAAGAGGCUGUCUCUCGCGAAAUACGAGCUGGCGGCGCUUUUCGGCAAGAAGCGCAGCAAGUGCAUGAAGACCCUGAAGAGGAGCACGGCCGCCGUCCUCCUCGGGUUCAACAUGACAGAACUGAGCAAAGUGAAGCACAACCUCUUGAUCCCGGAGCAGCAGCCGACUGACGCCGCAGAGCCGCCGGCCGCCGCCGCCGCCGCGGCAGCCGGGAAAGCUGGAAACAGUGAGGAUGGACCAGAACCGAUGGAUGAAAGUGUAAAUGAGAAAGCUGCCGAAGGGGAACAGGUGGAGCCGAUGGAGUGAGUCAGAAAAUGUGACCUCUGUGAACUGCAGAUGAUCUAUAAACAAAACUACUUAACGAUGGCCUUUUGUGUUGACAGUCAUUAGUUAAUUAAGCAAAGGCGUAUGUAUUUCCUAACAUACAAGUUUAGCUGUAACUGAGGGAAGUUUUUUUUUUGUUUGUUUGUUUUUUUGUUUUUUUAAUGUAGCCUUUGUUAAUAGUGCUUCAGUAUGUUGUCAGUGGUCCAUAAACGCGUUCCCAUGUUGUUGAUGCUCUUCUGAAACAUGAGGAAAUAUUAUGAUGCAGUCUGAGCUGCAGGAGUAUUUAGCUACGUACGAUCUCACCUCCAACAAUGGCUUCAUCUUAAGUACUGACUUGGCUCUGCUAGCUGCUGUUUGCAAAUUUAAGACCAUUUGUACGAAAAAUGGUUUUGUUUAGUUUACGCGUUGGUGUUGAUUUGUUAUAUCAAACCUUCUUUCACAAACACGAUUUUGUCAUUUGCACCUUCUCCCUUUGGUUUCUUUCAUAUUUUAGUUGAUCUCUGACAGUGUUCGCACCACUUCCCCCCCUCUACAGUUCGACAGGUUAAGCGUUCAGUUGCUCACCAGCGCUGGCGAACCAUCGUGAUGAAUGUUCAUCAUGCCGUUUUCAAGCCAAAUGCUGAAGAAUGUACAAAUGGUUGUCGGGUGGCUGGGUUCACACACUUAAAGGACCACGUGGCUUGCAUGAGGUUUUGUUUUCUCCAUAUUAAGUUAUUAUUUGUGCCAUUGUGUCUACUAAAAUAUACAUUAGAUUUGUGGAAAUUUACCUAGAGGUUCAACAAAACGUGUAACUAGGUGUCCCCCACAUACUCUCUGUUCUCCCGACAGCUGUUUUUUGUACCAUACUUGUAUUUUCUAUAAUUCCUAGAGUAUGAAAUAUGUUGGGAGAGCUCUCGUUCUGUCCAAGGCCACUGUGUUGUAAAAAAAUAAAGUGGUUUUCUUUUACAUAAA